AUGACUACCUCAGUUGAAAGAGCGCAAUAUUCCGAUAGAGUCCCCAUCCGAUCCAUCAUUUUGAGGCCUGAUGGAGGGUCUGGGUUAGCAGGGCAGCAGGCCCGGGUUGGUGGGUGGGUGAAAACUGGCCGGAAGGCAGACAAGGAUGCAUUUGCAUUCCUAGAGCUGAAUGAUGGGUCAUGCGCUAGCAACCUUCAGGUCAUUGUGGAAGCAGACAAGGGUGACCUUGGGCAGCUUGUGCUGACUGGUACAUGCUUGCUAGUGGAUGGGGUGCUUAAGCUACCUCCAGAUGGGAAAAAGCAGAAGGUGGAGCUUCAAGUCCAGAAGGUGAUCCAUGUGGGUGUGGUUGACGCGUCGAAGUACCCAUUGCCGAAGACCAGGCUCCCCCUUGAGCUUCUGAGGGACUAUGUCCAUUUGCGUGCCAGAACCAACACAAUGGGCGCGGUUGCUAGAAUCAGAGAUGAACUGUCAUAUGCAACCAAGAGAUUUUUCCACGAGCAUGGAUUCCGCUACGUGAACACUCCAAAUAUCACCACCAGUGAUUGUGAGGGUGCUGGUGAGAUGUUUCAAGUCACUACCUUGAUUAGUGAAGCUGAAAAAUUGGAAAAGAAUCUGAUUAAGAACCCUCCUCCAUCAGAAGUAGACAUAGAAUCUGCCAACCUUAUUAUAAAGCAGAGAGGAAAUGAUGUUGCUCAACUCAAAUCUGCUAAAGCAAGUAAGCAGGAAAUUGGCGCUGCUGUGGCUGAGCUUCAAAAGGCAAAGGAGAAUGUCUUGAAGAUGGAGGAGAGAUCUAAGCUUCAACCCGGUAUCCCUCAAAAGGAUGGGAAGAUUGAUUAUAGCCAAGAUUUCUUUGCCCGUCAAGCCUUUUUGACUGUUUCUGGCCAACUACAACUCGAAUCUUACGCAUGCGCUCUUAGUACCGUCUAUACAUUUGGGCCAACUUUUCGAGCUGAGAAGUCACAUACUUCAAGGCAUUUGGCGGAAUUCUGGAUGGUGGAGCCAGAAAUGGCAUUUGCAGAGCUUGAGCAUGAUAUGGAUUGUGCAGAGGAUUAUGUGAAAUUUAUGUGUCAGUGGUUACUUGACCAUUGUAUGGAAGAUAUGGAAUUUUUUGCUGACAAGAUUGAUAAAAGUUGCCUUGACCGUAUAACAAUGUCUGCUAAAACACCAUUUGCACGGAUUACUUAUACAGAAGCAGUGGAGCUGCUAACUGAGGCUGUGAAAAAUGGUAAAAAGUUUGAGAACCAUGUAGAGUGGGGGAUUGAUUUGGCAUCUGAGCAUGAAAGAUACUUGACUGAGAUUAAGUUUCAGAAGCCUAUUAUUGUUUACAAUUACCCUAAAGAGAUCAAAGCAUUCUACAUGAGGCUCAAUGAUGACUCAAAGACAGUGGCUGCUAUGGAUGUCCUGGUACCAAAGGUGGGUGAGUUGAUAGGGGGAAGCCAAAGGGACGAGCGUAAUGAUGUUUAUUAUUGCAGGAUGAAGGAGAUGGGGCUGCCAAUUGAGCCAUAUGAGUGGUACCUUGACUUGCGGCGCUAUGGGACUGUAAAGCAUUGUGGUUUUGGUUUGGGUUUUGAACGAAUGGUUCAAUUUGCUACUGGGCUCGACAAUAUUAAGGAUUGUAUGCCAUUCCCUAGAUCUGCUGGAAGAGCAGAUCUUUGAAUUAAUUACUAGUCUAUGUGUAGCGAAUUCUUUAAAUUUUAUUUUAGGCGAAUUUUGUACCUAUAUUUUUGGUGUACUUAUCAAACCAAUUCUUUUUUAUGUAACUAUGUAUG